UUAUGUAUGCUAACCAGCCUACAGGAUACCUGUCAAAAGCUAAAUCCAAUUAGAGAUUAGAGGUUUCACAUCGUCUUGUAUUUGAGCUUCAUCCUAACACUCGUUGCUUCCUUUGGCUUGACAACAUGCACCAGACGUCGACUUAAUUCGCAAAGCUCCGUCACUAUAUAACAGUUACUUGUUUUUAUCAACAAAGCGAAUGCAAAGCUCGUCAGCGAAAGAUCGGCUUUAAGGAUGGAAGAAGGAGGCAAGUUUGACAAACCAACCAAGUCUGUGCCUACAUUUUACAGUCUCGAAAACAAGGACAAUACACAAGUUGUUUACAUCUACUCGUCAUCAUCCGAAAUAAAACGUGAGCCAGGUGAACAGUAUGUGAACUGCAUUCACGAUGAGCCGUAUAACAUCAAGCCAAAUCGAAACGAGCCACAUUCGGGUGACGAUGGCGGGGCUACAGUGCCCCAAAGACGGGAUGUUGAAAUGCCGAGGGUUGGUCCCUGUGAUAUCGCAAUGGAUAAUGAACGGAUCAUUUCUAAAGGUGAUCAUAUGCCAGAGUAUGCAAGAUCUUGGGAAAGGGACAGAGAUUAUGGGGACGUGCCUGAAAGUUUCAGACGACAAAGGUCACCUGCUGAGGCUCCGAAGCCCAAAUACGAGUGCAAGAAGCAAACUGCGCAGAGACUGCCUUCAGUGAGUACAGACAAUUUCACCAACACACGACCACCUUUGUUACGGGAUAAUAGCGAAGAGGGGACUGUUAUGUAUAUAGACGGGUCGUACGAAUAUAAUUUUGGUCAGGAAAAGAGAAAGCGCGAUUACAGCCUGUUCGAAGACGAGGAGAAAAAUUCACGACUUAAGUGUGACAACGGAGGACUGAGAUACGAAGAGAGUUCGAGGGCCGGAAGAAAGUCGUUCACUCCUGUCAGAAUUUACCCUUCUGGAAAGGAUUGCUAUCGAGAUAGGCCACGAUACUAUAGAAGACAUGAAUAUAUGUAUGCUGAGCCACCCCCAAAUGUGACUCUUGUCACCCAAGAUUAUCACCGCCGAUCUUUUGUUGAAGAUAAAGAGGCAGAACCAAGACACUUUGAGGACGAAGAUCCGGAGAGAGACAACUUCGCUACAAAACAUCGGCCCAUAAAGCGCGUAAAGUCAGAGGAUGAGCGAGAUGUGACAAAUAUCUCGUCGCGUUUGGAAAGACCCGAUGUUGAAGAGUUCCAUGGCCGAAUCUUUGGAGAUAGAUUCAAUACCAAGCGAUAUGACAUCGAAAGACUGCAGGCUGGAGUGGGUAAAGAGAAGGUCUAUUACCUCGAAAAGGGAAUCGCUCGAAACAAAGAUUCGCUGCAAAAACACGACCAUUCGCCUGAUUUGAAUGGCAGAAAGUUCAAUUCUCAUGCAGAAGAUAUGGCUCAAAGUUCAUCACCAACUGACUAUUUACAAUAUUCACAACGUGAAAAAGCUUCGAACUUCGAGCACGAAAUGCCAGUCGAUAAAGACGUCCCAUAUAGAUUUAACGAAUGUUUCGGUGGCCACGAAUACGAAUUUCCGCGCAAAUGCGAGAGAUAUAGCGAGAUGAUGCAUGAAAUGGAAUUGUACCGUGGUAAAGGGAGAAAAAUAGAAAGGAGAUCGACUGAUAUGCACACACAAGAAACUGACGAUAAAAUUGUUACAGAUCAGAAGGGCUAUCUUUUUUCGGCAUAUCAAAGAUGUUGCUGCCCAUGCUGUCCCUGUUACAGCGUAUUUCGUCAUUCGCAAAGAGAAAGGUCUCCUGUGUCAUCAAGGUGCAGCCCACAGAAGCCACCAGCAAGCCCAAAACUUAGCAGUCGCCCACCAUCUCAUACGUCGAGUGAGCCAAACAAACCCAGAUCAUCCACAAUCGUGCAACAAAUGCCAGCGGAACUGCAGCUCAAAAUGGUAGCCAGAGGAUUGCCGCAUCUCCGAAGGAGAAGAAAUCGCACAGUUUACACACACGAUCAAAUCGAGGAGCUUGAAGAAGUUUUUAAAAUCAAGCACUACCUGGACGUCGAUGAGAAAGGUUCUAUCGCAAAACGCUUAGGAAUAAGGACAGAAAAUGUCGAGAUAUGGUUUAAGAAUCGCCGUGCAAAAUGGAGAAAAGAAAUGAAAACAGUUAAGUCUAAUAGUGAUGGCGAGGUUUGCCAAUAUCUUGAUGAAGAUGAAUCGACAUUAGGAGACGAGAGUGACAGCUAUGGAAGAAAGCCACUUGCUUCAAUUUUAAGCAAAGAUGUUCCCGAGGAAAGACCGACAAUGACUUUGUACCACACUGGACAGGAAACGUGUGAUAAUGAUGUAGAUAGUACUGUUGUUGUUGCUGCUGUUAACUAGGAAUUGAAUCAUUGGUGACCUGUAGUGUAUCUUAAAGGUGAUGUCAAAGGGUUGUUGUCCAUGGUGUGCAAGGGAUGGUGCAGAGACUCUAUUGUAGAGGGUAAUAAUUAGUCUAUUUGUCCAAUGGAUUGCGGUGAUACUGGUUGAUACCUUGAAACAGCACAAAGUCGCCCGUUUCAACCAUUUUUAUUUGGGAAGGAUCAUAUUUUACAAUCUGUCUUUUUUCUGCCCCAUCGUUUUAAAGAUUUUCCAGUAGAUUCGUAGCUCUUUUCACAAGGUUCUGUACUAAAUAUACUUAUAGUGGCUGUGGCAACCUAUGAUGCUAGUGAGAAAUACGGCAAAAUAAAUGGCACGUUUAAGAGGUUUUCAAUGUGCUAAUCUCGAUGUUAUAAAACCGUUGAUAUUUUACGAAAGAAAUGAUGAUUGCCUGUGAUCGCAAGGUUUGUUAAUCCUUGCUCUCUGAGAAACAAAGCAUUAGUCAAAAACCUUGAAUUAUUAGUUCAUGACGCUAUUCAUUCUCCAUUUAUUUUGAAAAAGACUCAAAUCACAAGCUUAUUUCUACACUGUUGAGGUUUCGCAGUCUAAUUAUUAUGAAUUAUUCGACGAGAAUAGUGUUCACAAUAUUUCUUUUCGUGAAAAUCCUGUUUAGGUAUACAGAUGUAAUCAUGUUAAUCUCUGAAUUGGCUUAAGUUUGUUUAUUUCAAACGUCAAUGAUAAGAUUUAUUACAAGAGACGAAGAAAAUAUAUUGCAAAAAUUUCAGGCUGUAAGGGAUUUAAAUUUUCCUAGAUUCUUUGCCUGUUACUUCAAAUAGAUGACAGAAUGUGACUUUGAACUUGGAUUUUCGCUUAUCUAUUAGUGCAGCGGGCCAGCUUCUAUCACCCCUGUCGUUGGGUAGUAUUCAAGGCAAAAAUACAGUAUGAACUCACUCAAUGUAAUCCUGCUUUCUGCCUUAUUCUCUUUUUAUUAGAGCGAGAUAGCAACAUCUUGCUAUUGUGGAAAUCUAGUUUAGAGGACAUAGCUAAAAUAUUAACCAGAAGCAGGGAAAUGAGACCUGUUCAGUUUAUUUAGAGUGCAAUUAAUUCUAAUUUAUCAUCAGAAUAAAUUUUUUAUGGUAGCCUAAUACAUUUGUCAUUAAAUAUUAGUGUGUGUAGGUCUUAAAUGGAAGAUGUUUCUAGGGGCGCAAAUAGGAAUUUUUCGUUGGGGCACGGGGGGGGGGGGAUAUGUCUCACUUGAGACUUUCAGAUUAACGAUGGCUUGAAGACAAAGCUUUACUGUUAGUACGAAUCGAGGCCGACACUCGUUCGUAAUAUACUAAUCAGGACCGAUUCUAUUCCGUCAUCACCGAAUCAUGAAAGACCACUGAUCUCAAAAAAGACUGGUGGAUGGAACAACCUAUUGUUCUCCUACAUAAGCAUGAGGAAGUGAUCGAAUCUCUCCAUGUUGAGACCUCUCGCGCCUAAAGCUUAGGGCUGCCAUGGGCAAAAACUGUACACAUACAGUGAUGAGCUUUUUAUUGUGCAUUAAUCAUUGGAUCCUUAAAUAAUCCAAGAUGCAACAGGCCUAGGAAAUUUAAGGGAACAAUGGAUUCUCUUUCACAUAAACUAAAUACCAUGGCAAUACUUUUUAAAGUCACUUACGAAAGCCGCAAAUUCUUGUUUCAAAGGCUAUUUUGAAUUUUGCUAUGGACCAGCAAAUUAAGAUAAAACCAACAUGAAUUCUCUCUAUUAUCAAGCAACACAACGAGGUCCUAACAUGGGUGCUGCAAUGUGGAAGAAACGCUGGGCUGGAGAAGCUAGAUCCAGCCUUUUUUAGAUCAGUGGGAAAGACCGACUCGUCUGCACUACCAUAACCGGAUCAGGACCGAUUCUCCUUCAUCGUAACCAAGUCAC